UAACACACGACAUUUGUACAGGUUUUCACGUAGCUAAGAGAACGGUAAUUUUUUCUGUGUUUAAAAGGGGUCAUAGGUUUACGAUAUAUACAAGAAGAUUUUAUAUAAAAUAGAAAUCAUUUCUGCUCAAGCUCAUGAUGUUUUUCAAUAUGGUAAAACCCCAUCGAAGUUUGUUUCUUAAUCGGUGCUACGUGUGAUUGUAGCGUAAUUCAUUUCAGUCAUAUGACGUUUUUUUUUUUUUUUUUUUAGGAAUUUAUUAACUCAUAGGAAAAAAAAAAGAUUUGUAUCCUUUUUUCCAGUUACCAUGCCUUCAUAAAAGACUCAAUGGCUAUGUGAAAGUUUGCUAACUGCUAUCCCCAGUCAUUAGCUAGCCUAUACUCUUAUGCGUCCAUAUUUCUGAGUUGCCUAGCAACAGUGUUCUUACAACUUUAACCACUUGUUGUCACACGUCGAAAGCACGAGCUCCAUUCGGAUGCACCUGGGCAUCCCGUCUCACUCUCCACAAAGCGAAAGCAGACAGACAGACAGAUGAACAGAGAGUCAAUAUGAGACAGAGGGAGAGUGGACUCAUCGUGGUGGUGGUGGGAGGUUGUGGUUGCUGAUGUGGUUGAUUGAAAGCGAUGGCAGAUAAGGAGCUGUAGCGCGAGGCCGAGCAGAGCUGCACUGAGAGAUAAGACACAGAUUAACACGGAGAGAUUAAGAAAGAAAAAAAAAGAGAGAGAAGGAGUGAGCGUGUAUAUGGAGCAGAGACGCAGAUGUACAGAAGUCCUUACUUAGUAUGUAAGAGGUGUAAGAAAAACACUGAGCUACACCUUCGUCUUUGUGGAUAUAACUUGUUCAAGUGUGUGUGUGUGUGUGUGUGUGUGUGUGUGUGUGUGUGUGUGUGUGUGUGUGUGUGUGUGUGUGUGUGUGUGUGUGUAGAAUUUCACACGCUAUUUGCAUAGUUUUGUUUGAGGAGCUGUCAUAGAGGGAUUAUAUGUUCAUGGUCUACAUCUCCCAUCUGCCAGGCUAAACUGCUUCUAAUACUGUGUGUGUGUGUGAGUGAGUGUGUGAGUGUGUGUGUGUGUGUGAGUGAGUGAGUGAGAGAGCGAGAGAGAGCGCGCGAGAGAGAGAGCAUACCACUCUAGGCCAUAAAUUACAGGAUUUAGAUAGACAGACAGGCAGACAGACAGACAGGCCGGCAAGCAGACAGAAAGGCAGGCAGGCAGGCAAACAGACAGACAGGCAGGCAAGCAGACAGAAAGGCAGGCAGGCAGGCAAACAGACAGACAGGCAGGCAAGCAGACAGAAAGGCAGGCAGGCAGGCAGGCAGACAGACAGGCAGGCAAGCAGACAGACAGGCAGGCAGGCAAACAGACAGACAGGCAGGCAGACAGGCAGGCAAGCAGACAGAAAGGCAGGCAGACAGACAGACAGGCAGGCAGGCAGAGAGUCAGACAGGCAGGCAGACAGGCAUGGAUACAGACAGACAAACAAGUAGACAGACAGGCAUGCAGACAGACAGACAGACGGAUAGGCAGACAGGCAAGUAGGCAGACAGGCAGGCAGACAGGCAGGCAGACAGACAUGCAGACAGACAGACAGGCAGACAGACAGACAGGUAGAUAAGUCUCAUGUGAUACAAACAAAAUACAGGAAACAAAAAUCAUGAUACAAGAGUUGCACAAAUAGAAUUUUUGAUUUAUUUCUGCACUCCCCACAAAUUGGAAAACACACCCAGUUGAACACUUGAGGCUCUGGGGAAGGUGAUAUUAAACUCGUGCUAGUGGUGGAAUUAGAGGCGUAAAAAUUGCAGCAGAACAUCCCAUUCGAGUAAAGCAGGAAAUCUGAUCAGUCGAGGCUGUCUUGUUUAACCAUGGUUCUCGGGCCACCCUGAGAUUUAACCUCACAACCUUCUGACCACAAGUGCACAACCUGUAACCACUGAGGGAGCGCUCCCAAUGCCAAGAAAUGGAACCAGUCCCCCUUGAAACUACUUAAGCACUGUAACUGGAGUGCUCAGGAUCCAUUACAUGGCUGUGUUUCAUCGCCUCCAGCUGCUGUUAACAUUCACAUGCAGAACUGACUCUUCUGGGCCUUCUAACUCUCUUGAGAACCUCCUGACAACGCUAGAGCCUCCUGUCAACUCUCUCCAGCCUGGGCAUCACCGGAACGGUUCUGCGCUGGGUGGAAUCCCAUCUCUCAGACAGAUCCUUCAAGGUAUCAUGGAGGGGAGGUAUUUCAGAAACUCACCAACUCACAACUGGCAUUCCACAGGGCCUGACGAUCCUGCACGCAUCUCUGCUUGCCUGUCAGACAUCUCGGUCGGGAUGAGGGAACACCACCUUAAGCUCAACCUGUCAAAAUCUGAGCUUCUCAUAAUCCCAGCCUGUCCCGCAAUCAACCACAACCUCACUGUACAGCUCGGCUCAACCACACUCAAGCCAACCAGGACAGCCAGGAACCUUGGGGUGAUUCUUGAUGACAGCUUGACCUUUACAGACCACAUCUCAACAACUGCACGGUCCUGUAGGUUCAUCCUGUACAACAUCAAGAAAAUCAGACCCUACCUCACCGAACAGGCUACACAGAUACUAGUCCAGGCUCUUGUUAUCUCAAAACUGGACUACUGCAACUCACUACUCUCGGGCCUCCCGGCCAGCUCCAUCAAACCCCUUCAAAUGAUUCAGAAUGCAGCAGCACACCUCGUCUUCAACCAGCCCAAGAGAACCCAUGUCGCACCCCUCUUCAUCUCACUCCAAUGGCUUCCUGUAGCCUCCCGCAUCAAAUUCAAGGCCUUGAUGCUCACCUUCAAGACAUUGUCUGAAACAGCACCAUCCUACCUCAACUCUCUCCUGAAGACUUACGUUCCCUCACGCAAUCUGCGAUCAAUCAACGACCGACGCUUAGUAGUACCUACUCAGCGUGGCUCAAGAUCCCUCUCAAGAACAUUCAAACUAACUGUUCCUCAGUGGUGGAAUGAACUUCCAACCUCAAUCCGGACCACAGAAUCUCUCCCCAUCUUCAAAAAACAGCUAAAGACCCACCUCUUCCGUGAACACCUAACCAACCCAUAAAAAAAGAAAGACAAAUUUUGCAUUACACCUCUACUCUGCGCACUUUUCUUCUUCUGGAACUCAAUUAAUGGUUCUUGUAUGGUAGCACUACUUGUAUUGUUCUCUGCUUGAUAUAUCGCUUUGCUUGUAUUUUCUCAUUUGUAAGUCGCUUUGGAUAAAAGCGUCUGCUAAAUGAAUAAAUGUAAAUGUAAAUGUAGAGAAACCACAAAAUGCAAAGACUUUCCUGUGUUUCAGAAAGCACUGACACUGGAGACUCCUUCCAAAAAUGAUCA